CCGCUGACUGGACCCGAGAGCAAACCCAGCAGCUCCCCACAUAGAUGAAAGCAAAGAGAAGCUGCAAAACCGCAACCAUGUCCACAUCCCUGCGCGUGAGCCCCUCGGUCCACGGCUACCGCUUCGACACAGCCCUGCGCAAGAAAGCCGUGGCCAACAUCUUUGAAAGCGUCAACGAAGAGUCCCUGCAGAAACUCUUCAAAAACUCUGGGGACAAGAAGGCAGAGGAAAGAGCCAAGAUAAUCCUCGCCACCGACCAGGACGUGGAGGAGAAAACGAGGGCGCUAAUGGCACUGAAGCAGAGGCGAAAAGACAAGCUGCUCCAGUUCCUGACGUUUCGGAAAUACUCCAUUAAAGUUCACUGAAGUGGCGAAGGGGGCAGGAAUGGAGGAGAAUGCUUCGGGACGGGACUGUCCGUGAGCUCCCACCACACCCGGCACCCGCCGCUGCCCGCGAGCUGCUGGCGGGACGGGGGACCUGAGAGAUCGCCCAUGGGGCUCCAGCCCCACCGCGCAACCGGCCAACCACGGCACCCACGGCAGCACCGGUGCGGGCGGCAGCGACGGCAGCGACGGCAGCCAGAGGGUCCCAGAGCGAGGCAGCUCCCGGUGGGAAGCAGCCGUGGGACGGAGCCGUGGGCGACCCCGCACGCCCGGACGAGAUCUGCCGAGGGACUCGGUGUUUGCCGGCUUCACCCGUGGGCUUUGCCCAUUCCAGCUUGUCUCCCCGAAGCCUGCGCCUCACUGCCGUGGGCCAGGAGAGCAGCUCUAGGGACUGACAGCUGCUGAUCAGGGAUCACCUCGCAUCUGUAACAGCGGGGACCUGCACCGCAGGGGUGCUGCAGGCCCAACCCUCAGGGAAUGCGUUUGCUCUAGAGACCCACCGUGCGACUGUCCCUUUUCUUUCUCAAGCUGUAUGUGUGCAGUAUAAACUGUUUGCACCAAAGCAAUAAUAAUGACAUUUACUGUGAAGUUCCUUAAUAUUUUGUUCACUUCCCAUUAACACUAGAAAUCUAAAUAUGGUAACUACAGUUCUUAUUUGUAUAGAUUACAACAGCUGUUAGACGAGUACUUCAUGGUAAUAUUUUAUGACAACGUUAUUAUUAUAGCGACUAUAAUUUAUUGCAUAUGGCAGUCUGAAAUUUAAUAAAUUAUGA